ACAAACGAAUAGCCACUUUACUCUCACUUUCGUCUUUAGCCGAGAAUGUAGGGUUUGCUGUUCAUGAUCUCUCUCCAUACUUGCAACAGUUAUCAGCCAAACAAAAUGACUACUUCUGAAGAAACUAAAUUGAGCAUGAAGCUUUUGAUUGACACCACGGCUCGCAAAGUCCUAUUUGCUGAGGCUGAAAAGGAUUGUGUUGAUUGACACCAUGGCUCGCAAAGUCCUAUUUGCUGAGGCUGAAAAGGAUUGUGUUGAUUUCCUCUUUCACAUUCUCUCCUUGCCAGUGGGAACUGUCACUAGGCUUCUUAAGCAGAAAGAAAUGAAAUGUGGAUGCUUGCCUAACCUCUACGAAAGGGUCGAAAAUCUUAAUAACAAGUACAUUCAGUCCAACCAAUGCAAGGAUAUCCUUUUAAAACCCAAGUGUUCAGUUGGGAAUAUCACUUCAGUUCCUUUUCUAUUGCUUAAUGACGUUGCGACACCUGAGAGGAGUUUCUAUUGCUGUUCCAACAAUAGUGGCCACUUCAAUGUUUCUGAUGACCCUAGUGCUCUAUGUCCUGCUUGUCGAUAUAGUAUGUCAAGAAAGUUGACGUAUGUUGCUCCGCCGGAUUCAAAGGAAACUGAGGCAGCUACUCGGGGUUUUGUGAAGGAUGUAAUGACAUAUAUGGUGACGGAUGACUUAGUGGUUAAGCCCAUGUCCACCAUUUCUAGCAUUGCCCUUCUCAACAAGUUUAGUGUCCGGGAUAUUGCUGUGCUGCAGGAGGAAGUAGUAAGUUUUGGAAUGGAAGAGGCGCUGGAAAGCAUCUUUAAACAGUUCUGACAAGUGUUUUCAUGAGCCGCAUAAAAAUGGAGAAAUAGUCAUAAGAGAGAAUGGAAUUGGAUGUUUCAGGUUGAGUAAUUGCCUUAAAUAGUAAUGGUUUUCUUUUGUUUCAUUCUCGCUUGAGUUGAUUCUGAUUUGUAGGUUCAUCAAUUGUUAAAUCGUACUUUUAUGUAUAGCUUGAGCUUCUUUUUGUUA